AUGGGCAAAGCUAAAAAGUCGACGAAAAAGUUCAACAAAAACCACCUCAAGGGCGAGCUUGAGCGCCGCCACAAGCACAAGAAGAACCAGCAGCUGUUCAAAAAGCGCGAGAUCAAGAAGAACAGAAAGUCUGGCUCUGGCCUUGACGACGAGGAAAAGGAGGUGUUCACUGGAAUCGAGGAGGUCGAUGGUCUGACUGAAUUCGCCGAGUCGACACCCAAGGGAGUUGGUGCCAACAUGGAUAUCAGCAAGUUUAUGGAGGCCGACCCAAACAACAACGAUGUCUCGGACGAGGAGGAUAUCUCUGCACUUCUCGGAGAUGGCAGCGAUCUGGGCUCUGACGAUGAGGAUGACUUGUCAUCUGGGUCCGAUUCUGGAUCCGAGCUCGAGGAGGAUGAAGACGAAAAUGAGGAUGAUGAGGAGGCGGAGGACAAUGAAGAUGACGAGGACAUUGACUCUGAUGAGGAGGAGGUCUUCAAGCAGCAGCUUGGGGCGAUGAAAGCGAAAGACCCACAGUUCUUCGACGAUGAGGAAGACGAGGAAGAGGAAGACGAGGGCGACGACAAUGAUGACGAUGACGUCGAGAUGAGUGAUGCCGAGAGCAGCGCCAAAUCCACAGCCGUCUCGGUCACCACCAAGAUGCUUGACAUCUGGGUGAAGGAGAUCAAGAACGACAACUCGCUCAAGUCGCUCAAGAAGCUGCUGCUUGCAUUCUACUCCGCCUCGCACAUGGAGUCCGAGAACGACAGCACCAGCAACACGCCCUACCGCAUCGAGGGCGUGCGCGUCUUUAACAAGACUGUCAGCUCGGCUAUCCGCAUGGCACCCACGGCAUUUGGCCACUACGCGCCAGUUGUCAAGGGCAAGCUCAGCCGCAAGGCUAGUGGCAACAAGUGGCAUCCUUUGGAGCUGCUCAAGCAGAUGAGCGACCCGGAGAUGAUUCAGUACCUGAUCAAGGAGUCCGAGCGCAUGAUUCCCUACUUUGCCUGCUUCGACCGCUACACGCGCGACCUCGUCAAGGAGAUGCUGCGCCAGUUUGGCUCGCCGACCGCCGACGAUGCUGGUGUCGCUGUCGGAUCCGAUGUCACUGACAUGGCGCUCAAGGGCAUCUACUUGACAUAUGUGCGCCACAGCAACGUCAAGAACGUUGCGUCGCUGACGACCAUCCAGCUGAUGCGCAACUGCGGCGUGGAGCUCUACGGUAACGACGCCAAGGCCAGCUACCAGCACGCGUUUGUCUACAUCCGGCAGCUCGCGAUCCAUCUGCGUAACUCGAUGCAGCUGCGCAGCAAGGAGUCCUUCCGCGCGAUUUACAACUGGCAGUUCAUCAACAGCCUGAGCUUCUGGACCGAGGUCCUGGCCACCUACUGCGGUGACCGUGCCGAGGAGCAGCCCGAGUUCUGCGCGAUCCUCGAGUCCUUGUCUCGACGCGCAGCUGAAGCACCCAAGGAGUACGAGCACACGCGGGUGUAUCUGGAGGUUGUCCUGGACAACGCGUUUGGCCUGCUAGCCGAUGCUAUUGCCUCGCAGUCGGUGCGCAUUGCGUUCCCCGAGUGGGUUGUCCCGGCAGUCCUCCAACUCAAGCGGUGGAGGAAGCGUGCCGGCCAGUCGUGGUCCAAGUUCUCGAAGCAGCUCCAGGGCCUGUUGGAGAAGGUCGAGCAGUCGUCGCGCAUGGUUCAGCAGCACCGGAGCAAGGUCGACUUUGGCCCUGCCAACUCACGGGCGCUAACCAGUUCAUGA